CGGUACCUCGGCGUGACGCAAGUCAAGUAGCCUAUAAAUUCAAUGACCUGCGCAUCUUUAWCAAUAAAAUAAUAAAAUACAGUUAGCUUGACCGGGACACAAGCUAAAGGAGAAUAAGACCAACACUUGAACUACUCUACAGAGUAUUAUUUUUAUUCUUCACUGUGUUUGCUGUGAGUGUCACUUCAACUGGGACUUGGAGCAGAAGUCUCAAGAACACGACUCAAAAUGAAAUACGUUAUAGGAAUUGGCGGUGUGACCAAUGGUGGGAAAACAACUUUGACGAAUAGACUGAUCAAGUCAUUGCCUAACUGUUGUGUGGUGCAUCAAGAUGACUUUUUCAGGAAACCUGAUCAUAUAGAAGUCGGGGCGGACGGCUUUAGACAGUGGGAUGUGAUCACAGCAUUGGACAUGGAUGCCAUGGCGAAUACAAUACGAGGAUGGGCUGAGAACCCAGUGAAGUUUGCCUGCUCCCACGGUGUCAAUGUGUCUCCUGCCACGGAGGUGGCUGACCCAGAUCAACUGGUCCACAUUCUGAUCGUGGAGGGCUUCCUUCUGUUCAAUUAUAAGUCCCUGAUGGAUGUGUACAACAAGUGCUACUACAUCUCCAUUCCAUAUGAAGAGUGCAAAAGGAGGAGGAGUACAAGACAAUACACCGUCCCAGACCCUCCUGGGCUGUUUGAUGGCCAUGUGUGGCCCAUGUACUUAAAGCACAGGAAAGAGAUGGUGAAAAGCUGUUUGGCCAUCAGUGUGUAUAUUUUAAUUUUCUGUUUGUCAGUAAGCGUUCUUGAAUUUAAGCUGUGCAGUUAUGUAGAUAUUUUAGUGGUGCUAGGUAGUAGCGAUCUCUUCUCUGGCAAAUGUCCUGAUCCGUGUUUACAUUCUGCUACAGCGUAUUUGGAUGGUUUGAAAUCUAAAGAAGAGCUCUACAGCCAGGUCUAUGAGGACAUCCAGAAUACACUGUUGAAUCGUUUAUAGCAGGAACUUGAUCUCCAAACCUGUAAAUAGCUCCAAGACUGAAGACUCAUUGUUUUAUACUUUUUUAUGUUUUUCUCAUUGUAUUCCUUGUAAAUAGUAUUUGUAAAAUGUACUUGCCAAGAUCUCAUUAAUCUCCAAUUAAAUUGGGUUGUCACUAUUGUUAAUGUUA